AUGGCUAAAGACAAUGAUAGCACGCCUUCGACAAAAUAUGGCAAAGGUCAGGCAGCGCAAAGACUAAAUCAAGUCUCCUCACACAUCACCCCAGAUAAACAAGUGUCCCUGAAAACAAAGACCAAGAGCACUGGAUCCCGUCUACCUGCAGAUCACUCCGAUGUGCUGGGCCAAUUAUCUACGCUACGCAAGAUAGCCGCAACACCCAAUCUCGAGUCCAGGGGCUAUAUCCGCCAAAAACAAGCCGGCAAACUAUGGGUCCGCGAACGAAUCGAGCAACUCCUAGACCCAGGCUCAUUCCAAGAGAUCGGUUCUGUAUCUGGAACAGUAACUUGGAAGAAAACAUCCCCCAUGCGAGAGAAGCCUGUUUCAUUUACUCCAAGUAAUAACGUCCAAGGCGCGGGGACGCUCCGUGGUAGAAAAGUCUUGCUUACAGCAGACGACUUUAGCAUUCGAUCUGGACAUGCGGAUGGAUCCACGGCUGGGAAGACGGUUUACGUGGAAAAGCUAGCUUUCGCGCUGAAAAUACCUGUCGUGAAACUUGUUGACGGCAGUUCUGGGGGCGGGAGUGUAACUACGAUUCGGAAGGAAGGGUGGAGUUAUCUUCCAUAUGUGACGCCUUUCAGUCAUGCGAUCAAGCAGUUGAAUCAGGGGAUUCCGAAUCUCGGAGCAGUUGUUGGACCUGCAAUUGGACUCGGUGCGGCGAGGGUAGUCUCCUGCCACUUUUCAGUCAUGGCAGCAGAUAUCGGUGCGCUCUUUAACGCAGGUCCGAAAGUUGUUGAGGGGGCUACAUUCGAAGAAGGGCUUGGUUUUCAAGACCUUGGAGGUCCAGUCGUGCAUUGCACAAAUGGAACAAUUGAUAACCUCGCUGCUAAUGAAGCUGAAUGCUUUGAGCAACUUCGCACUAUACUGAGCUAUCUGCCCAAUUCUGGAAGUGAUGCUCCGCCCGUGAUCCAUAGUGAUGAUCCUGAAUCGAGAGAGGACCUGACAUUACGCAGCAUUAUUCCCCGGCGACAGGCACGUAUGUAUAAUCCUCGAACGAUCAUUACCUCAGUUGUGGAUCGAGAUUCGUGGUUUGAGAUUGGUGCACUCUGGGGUCGAUCAGCAAUCGGUGGAUUAGCUCGUCUUGCCGGACGUCCUGUUGGGAUCAUCUCGCUGAACUGUGAGGUGAAUGGUGGUGCGUUAGAUGCAGCGGGGAGUCAGAAACUUACCCGGCUGUUGAAGAUGUGCGAUGUGAUGAAUAUUCCUAUUUUGCAGUUUAUCGACGUCCCUGGCUAUGCAAUCGGCACUGUGGCAGAACGCACCGCAACUAUGCGCUGGGGAGUCGAGCUAGCCAAAACCUAUUUCACAACAACAACGCCUAUAUUCAAUGUUAUCACUCGGCGCGCCUUCGGUGUAGCUGGAGGGGUUAUGAUCGGCUCUCGGGAUCCAGUCAUGCAAGUUGCCUGGCCAUCUGGACAAUGGGGCUCUCUGCCUCUAGACGGCGGGAUUGAAGUAGGACACCGACAUGAACUGCGUGAAGCAGAGAAGAAGGGCAAGAAAGAGGAGCGAUAUAAUGAGCUGGAAGAAGAAUAUAUGCGAUUGAUGAAUCCAGUCAGAACGGCAAAUGCGUUUGGAGUGGAGGAAAUCAUUGAUCCUAAGGAUACGAGGCAGGUUUGCUGUGAGUGGGUGACUCAUGUGUAUGAUGUCCUUAUGAAGGAUAGGUUGGCGGAUCGAGCUUGUGGAAAGAUUCAUCCUUCCUUUGCUUGA